UCAACAAUAAAGUUCGUUUUAAAAAACGUUAAAUAAUUUAAAAAAGGAGAAAAUUCCUGACCCAAAACUAAAAAUGAAAUUUUAGAAAAAAUUUUGAGAUUCAAAAAGUGUUGCUCAUAAAAAUUAUAUAAACCAACAAAUGCGAACAAGUUGAGGUAUAAUCUUUAUUAUAAAAAAAAAUUAAAUACACUGGGAUCAGGAUUACACCAAAAAUACACUUUUAUAAAUAAUUUUGUUUUAUUUUAAAAAUCUCAAAAAAAAAACCUUGAUAUACCUCUUCGCUAUACAAAGAAAUUAUUAUUAAAAAUGUUCGCAUCAGAUUUAAAAAUUGUACCAUUAGCUGCAAAUGAUGUUGUUCAUUCAUCUAAAGGCGACAAUAAUAAUUCGCCAAUGAUAAGAUAUCAAAAACAACAACAUCAUUAUUCACAAAAAUAUCAAAAUAAUCAUCACAAUAAUAAUAAUAAUGGGAAUAAUAAUAGAAAGAAAUUCCAAAAGGUACCAACAGUUAAUAACAACAAUAUCAAUGCAAAUGUUAAUGCAAAUAAAAAUCAUCACAAUAACAACAACAAUAAUAAUGGUCAGUCUUAUUCAACGAACAAUCGUAAAAAACCUAAUCAUCAAUUUAAUAAUAGCAAUUCUUCUUCUAACACAAAAUCUAAUAACAACAAUAGUAACAACACCAACAACAACAAUAAUAUCACCAAUAACAACAAUAGCAAUUUAAACAAAAAUUCAAACAACACCUACAACACACCCACCCGAGGUGUCAGCUCCUCCUCCUCUACCACCACCAACAACAAUAGUACUGUUGUUAUUAAAAAUAAUAACACAAAUAAUAACAUUUGCAGUGAUCAAAACUUGGUACCAAAAAACCGCUGUGAUACAUUAGUCAGUAAAAAUAAUACUAUUGCAAGUGAUUUAACUCCUACGUCAAAACAGUUUCAAAAACCUGCAGCUAGCUCAAAUUCAAACUCUUUAGUUUCAUCGUCUUCUUCAUUGUCUUCAUCAUUAUCGUCGUCGUCUUCAUCAUCAUCAAACUCCUCCUCCAACUCCACAUCAUCAUCUACAGCCGCAAAUAUUGGUACUAAUAACUCUAGUACCAAUAACAACAAUAAGAAUCGACUAACAAAUCGAUUCAACACUGCAUCAAAUCAUCAUCGUAAAAAGGUGCAACAACAACCACAACCAGCUGCUGAAUUAGAAAUUAACAACAAACAGAAAUCACCAAUUCCAAUUAUGGUUAUUCACAAUAACAAUAAUGGGCUCUCGAAUCAUCAUUUGCCAAGCAAUCAACAAUUGCCAGCUGUUUUCACAGCUCCAAUUUGUACAACUUCGAGUGCGCCCUCCUCAGCGCCUGUCUCACCGAGUUCAUAUUCUCUCAAUUUCUUACAUUCGGUGGGUGUGCAAAUGGCACAUAAUGGUGAUUCUCGUCACCACAUGGGAAAUAAUCAUCACCAACAUCACCAACAUCAUGUUUAUAGCAACAGUGCGACGGUAUCUCCAGCUGGAAGUACACACAAUAUGAUUAUGCAAGGACAACGAAUCAUUUACCAGGAUGUGCAACAGGCUCCUCCUUCAGAAAAACAACGUCACUACCCCAAUCAGAAUGGACAGCGUAAAUUUAGUCCAAAAGCUCAUUCACCACCAUACAAUCAUCGAAGUUAUGAUAUUCCAAUUUUGAUUAAUAACAAUCAUCAUUCUGCUGGAGGUGAUCAUUUUUCAUCGCCUUACAAUUACCCGCCACUGAAUAACAACAAUCACAAUAACUAUAAACGUAACAGUUACAUUCCUGUGUCACAUCAUCAAUAUCAAAAACAACAAAAUGAUUGUUAUUCGAAUGGUAAUGCCCAUACGCCGACGUACAAUCGUAACAGAAAUCAAAAUCAAAAAGCAUGGAACACUAACGGCGGCGUUAACGCACACAAAAAUGCUACAAAUGGCAAUGGGAUGCUGAAACAUCAUAAUUCUGAUUAUAAUAAUCAAUCAAAUCAAAUGAUUUCGAGGGUUAAAAACCAUCAAAAUCUUAAUAAUCUUACCUAUGUCACAACAGAUGCUCCUCCUGAGACUAAUAAUAAUAAGAAUGUCUAUGGUAAUAGUCGAUCACAGUCAUCAAGUCCGAAAAUGGAUUAUCCCCAAAUGGUUAAUAAGGCAACAAAUACAACAGCCGAACAUCGAGGUCCUAUGAAUAUGAUGACUCCAAUUCCGGUUAUUGGGAAAGGUGAUUCAUUUAGUCCUGGCGGCAGCGAUGAUACACAUCAACGUGUUGCCAGCGAAGGUUAUGAAUCGGAUUCAUCGAAUUCGAGUAGUUGUGAUAAAAGAGCCAGUACUGGGCAUAGUAAUUUCCUCUCUUCCUCCUCGUCAUCUCUAUCGUCUACGGAAAUUCCGUAUCAUCCACCGCCAAGCAUUGUACAUGCGCUUAAUUAUCCAACAUCGUUUGCCGAUGACGAUCUUCCCAUACAACAUUAUUAUGGAUCAGAACAGAAUUUAUCGCAAUGGAUACCAGCGCUGCAUGCGCAAUUUAUGUUCAGUGCACAUGGAAUUUAUCCACCGAAUGGAAGUAUUACUGAAUUUCAGCAACAACAAUUUAAAAAAAGUCAAUCAAAUCGCAGUUCAUAUCGUGGAGGAAGAGGUCGCAAUAAAAUACACAACAAUGAUCGUUCGACGGAUAAUACUAAUAAUGACAUUUCAUUUUUUAACCCUGCAGAUAGAUUUCUUGGUCGUUCUCAUAUUGCUGAAUUGAGAGAAGCACCUCGAACAUUAUUAACAUGUUCAAAAUGGGAUAAUUUGUCACAAGGAAUAUGGAAUAAGUUUGUUAAUGCACAACAAACUGAUGAUACAUUUAAAAGGAAAAUGAAAUUAUGGAGAUAUUUGUAUAUUAUUGUAAAGAAUGCGUAUCCUCGAUUGGGUCUUUAUUUAGUUGGAUCCACAAUGUCAGGAUUUGGCGCUGAUACAUCUGACAUUGAUAUGUGCCUUGUUUCAAAAGCAUUUUCUGCAAUAGAUCCUAGAAUGGAAGCUUUAUUUAAUCUUACACUUUUAAAAGAAUGUUUAAUGAAGACUGGGGAAUUUGAAAAAUUCAAUUUAAUUGAAGCUAAAGUUCCUAUUCUACGAUUUAAGGAUAAAGACCAUAAUCUCGAAGUUGAUUUGAAUUUCAAUAAUUGUGUUGGUAUUAAAAAUACACAUUUAUUAUUUUGUUAUUCACAACUUGAUUGGAGACUGCGGCCGCUUGUGCUUGUAACAAAACUAUGGGCACAAUAUCACAACAUCAAUAAUGCAAAAACCAUGACAAUAUCUAGUUAUUCGCUGGUGUUGAUGGUUAUUCAUUUUCUGCAAUGUGCUGUGAGUCCACCUGUACUGCCUUGUUUACAUGAAAUGUAUCCCGAUAAGUUUCAUUUUCUUCAUCGUACAAAUGAUUUUGGAUGCGUUGACAUGAAUGAAACACUCGAUCCAUAUAACUCGCAAAACAAUCAAUCCCUUGGACAAUUAUUCCUUGAAUUUCUACACUAUUAUAGUAAUUUUAAUUACUCUCAAUAUGCCAUUUCUAUAAGAACAGGAGCAUUAAUUCCAAUCGAAUAUUGUCGUCAGGCAAAAUCAUUAAAAAAUGACAUUCAUCAAUGGAAAGAGUUGUGCAUAGAAGAACCAUUUGAUCUCACAAAUACUGCCAGAUCUGUGUACGAUUCAGACACAUUCGAAAGAGUUAAAUUAGUAUUUGUUUCUUCAUUCAGAGUGCUCCAAGAAACACUCGAUAUAAAUUCAAUAUUUUCGCCACUUGUUCCAGCCGGACUUGUACAGGAAAAAUAAAUGAAUUGUUUGCUGUUUUCGACACCAUCAGCAAACAAACAAAAGAGCUUUUAUACAAAGAAACAACAAACAAACAAAAAAACCUACAAAUGAAAUUGAUAUCACCACUCGUGUUGAAUGCAUAAA